CUGGAGUUAGCAGCUUCUCCACAAAGGUUCUGAGGAGCACUCCCUGGAGAAAUGUCCCCAGAAUAGGAAAGGAAAGGUUUUGACCUCAUUGAUAUCCAGCUGGGAAGCUUCCCUAAUAAGGACAGUGGAUUCCUCACUGACACCCUCGGGUCUGAAGAUGGAGGAGGACCAUGUCCACUGCAUGUCCUGUGUUAUCCAGAGAUGCAUGGUGAAACCUGAGCCAGGCAUUAGUUGUGAUCUUAUCUCCUGUCCUCUGGUGUGUGGCGCUGUAUUUCACUCCUGCAAAGCUGAAGAGCACCACCUUUUGUGCCCACUGGUGAGGGUCCCGUGCCUAAACGGUGGCUAUGGCUGCCCCGCCAGCCUGCAGCGCAAUCAAAUGUACGCACACCUCGAGGUGUGUCCAGCUGGAGUGGUGUGCUGCACUAUGGAGUGGAACAGAUGGCCUGUGAGCUGCCUGGACUAUAUGUCCUAUGAGAGCCUGAGCCGCGGGGUGGAGGAAGCAGAGCAGCUAGACAUGGCACUUGCUCUUCAGGACCAGCGUACAUUACUGGAGUCCCUUAAGGUGAUUGCUAUGACACCUACCGCAGAGAGAGAGCUGCCUGUUCCUGGAGCCUCUACCUUUAUUGAGUCACCUACUCAGUCAUUAUCCCCCAAUCAGCCUGAAGCUCCCCCACCAGGCUCUGUAAAGGAGAAAAUAGCUAGUGGAAUUAAUGGCUUGAACGAGGAGCACUUUGGUAAACUUUACGAGGCCACAGUCGAGACUGCGAGAAGCUUAUGCGCUGCUUUAGACUUUGUAAGCAUGGCCAACUCUGUUGACAGCAGCACAGUGUGUGCAGACAGGGGAGCUGCUUUGCAGAAGAUUAGUAAUGGAGAUCUUCAGAAUGGACUGGAAGACAGAACAGCCAUAACCACUGAAGGACUGAAUUUAAAAGACCUGGAAGAGCAAAGUGUUUGUUCCAGCUGUUUAAUAGAAAACGGGGCUCCAAGAGAAGCAGAUCUUAAGAUUUUAAACACAGCAAAUAGAUCGCUUUCAGAAGCAGCGGCGAUCUGUCCGGAAGCAGACUGUCCUGGUGAGGUGCAAGAAGACUUGAAUGCUAGUGUUACUCCUCCAAUGAUAGCUCCAGUUCACGUCAGCCAGGGUGUGGCACAGAGGGCCGGUCAUGUGGUGCUGGAAGAUAGAGGAGUCGUUCUUUUAGAAAGCCACAUGCAAGAGCGCAAGUAUCACAACUACCAGUUCUUUAGGGGCCUGGGCCCUUGUUCCUUACCAAAUGGACGGAUAGGUUUCUUCCCAGACAGGUCACUUCAUAGAGUACGACCCAAAAUGGAAGACAAAUCAGUGGAUACCUCAGACCUGGAGCAGGAGGAUGAUCCCAUGGGUCUUGGGGAGAUAGAUCUGAUCACAGCAGCCUUGCUCUUCUGUUUAGAAGAGUCCAGAGAGUGCAGAAGGAUCUCUGAUACGGUCUACGUCGAUGGCUUUCGUGUUGACUUUGGCACGCAGACUUUUACUUUCCCUGCCGCCAUCUUGGUAACAAACACGAGAGUGGGCGACAUGGCCUCUGCGCCUGCCUGUGACCACGCCGCCCCCCAGCUCCCUUACCCCAGCCCCUUCUGCACUCUUCGCCUUGGCCUUGUCCUGGAAGCUCUGGAGGUGGAGGCAGUCCCACAUAACCGUUACCUCCCUCCUAAGCCUCGCUAUCAGCACAUGUUCCCAUUCGUCUGUGCUCAGUCAUUCCGUCGGGACCAAUUCUCAUCCCACUUCACAAACGUACACGGGGACAUUCAUGCCGGCCUCAACGGUUGGAUGGAGCACCGCUGCCCCCUGGCUUAUUACGGCUGCACUUUUUCCCAGCGGAGGUUUUACCCAUCCACCCACGGAGCAAAAGUGGUUCACGACAAGCACCUCAGGUCCUUUGGGGUUCAGCCUUGCCCUAGGGCCAAACUUCCUACUGACUCAAAGUCUGACCAAAUAAGUGGGCUUCCCAUUGAGAUUCUGUGGCACAUAGCUGGGUUUCUGGACAGUUUCAGCCUCUGUCAGCUGUCGCUAGUGUCACGGACUAUGAGGGAGGUGUGUGCCAGUCUGCUGCAGACCAGAGGCAUAGUGGAGCUUCAGUGGGAGCGGAGACAAGGUCCUGGUGCUCCUGGCACUGUGUCAUGGCAGAUCAAAGACAGAGUGUGGAGAUUCACCACUGCCUUCAGUCCGGUGUUGUCGUGGGGUUUCACCGACCUCCCCAGCAUGUCGGACCACCUAAAAAAGUGCCCCUUCAACAUAGUGGAACAUAAGACGGAGCCUGUACCUCUUCCUGCCAUGUGCAGCGCACGAGACGGACACUCGCUGCGCCGCGUCCUGCGUCACGUGAACCACUGACCGAACACACUAAAAACUGCACUAAAUUCACUCCGGUAUUAUAUGGAUGUUACAAUUUUCUGUCUCUUAAAACAUAAAACACUUCAUGUAUCACACUAGAUUUUUUUUAAAAGCCUUAAUGAAACCUACCUGCCACAAUAAAGGUCUGUGGUCCCUAUGUGUGUGGUGAAGAACAAAUAAAAAGAUUUAGAUUUGCAUGGGUUUGUGCUGAAAUUAAUCCCUUAUUCUGGUAAAAUAAGUCUAUUUUCUUAAAGACACAUAUGCACAAUAGAUGUAUAUUAUUCUGUAUAAAUCUCAGAGAAAGGGGAGUGGUAAUGUUUUCACUAUCUUGCCUUCCAGCAGUAGCCAUGGGAGAAAGCAGAUUGUUGGUUAUUUUGCAUUUUUUCUGUGUCUCAGAAUUUAUGCCGGCACUUUACACAAGGUUUGCUAAUCCCUCUAAUGUUGACAUGUGACACUAAAUAAUCUAGUCCUUCUGAUCCCUAUACAGUUCACCCCUAUGCAAAUAUGUUGUCUGGGUUUGAAGUACGUCAGUAAGAAUCACAACAGAGGGAUGUUAACACAAGGACAGCCCAAUAAUGCACUUGACUUGUGACUAUUUAAUAAAGUGUCUACAGCCUUUUAA